AUGGCACCUCGAAAAUCUACCUCCACCCUAUCUUCACAGCAAUUCCCCCUUGAAUUUCAAGCUGAUGAUGAUGCUUGGUAUGCCAUCCGUUUACUCCUCCAUGGUAAAACUCUGAUUAUCAAGUAUGAGCGCUUUUCUGCCGACUAUGAUGAUUUCUUCAAGGCUGCUGAAUUUAUGAAUCUUGACGAUGUUGAGAGCUUUGGAUGGAGAUUCCGAAAGGUGUCCCUACAGCUUCAGGACAAUGAGUGCAUUAAGUUUGUGGGGUGCAUGACAAUUUGUGCUUCUCAUGCCUUUGCAGAGGAUGAUCUUUGCUUCUACGACGCCAUUGUGGAAAAGGUAUAUAUGAAGUCCUUGUACAACAUAAAGAGCACCAAUUUUGAGAGUGGAGAGGAGAAAUGCUUGUGCAACUUCAUUUUAAACUGGCAACAUGGUCCCAAUGUUGGGAACCUGACAUCUGCUACGGUAGGACACAUAUGCUUGAUCCAACAUAGUACUGGUAUUGAUCCGAAGGUGGCCUCUUUCCAAAUCAAGGGACAAAAUUGA